AUGCUCACAACUACUCCUAUAGCCGCCCGAGUCGGAACUGCUGAUCAGAUCUACGGCAGGUCUCGUCGACGGAGGCGGUCGGCUGCUAAAGACCGAAAGGACCAUGAUCGCAAUUUCGUGGCGCGCGACAUUGCCUCGCCGCUUGUUACUCGAGGCAAUGUCGAGAGUGAUAUCAUCCCUGAACUUGGUGUGGCGACAUUUGAAGCCUCGGAAGAUAGUCCACAUACAGUGGUGCGGUCUGUGGAGCAGACACGGCGAGCAAGGCCGGUUGAUGUGGGCGUGGAUGGUCACUCGAAAGCCGCCGUCCUUGAAUGGCACUCAGAGGAGGACUUCGGCGCCACUCAGGAAAAGCAAACUUACAAGUCAGCAGUGGCCGAUGAGCCCGGGAAGGGAAUCUCAUCUAUCGAGAAGAGGCUGGAGGACUGUGAGACUCUCUACUCUACCGAGCUGGCCGGUCAUCUUCGUCGGCCCAAGCCGAAAGGGCUGUUCUUACCGGAGUCGUCUGUGGACAGAAGAAUCGUGAGGAAUGACUGCCAGACGGUCGAUGAUGACGAUUGGCUCGAUUUCCAACACAAGAGGGCAUCGAUCGCAGUCAAGGCUCUUAGUGAGGCUAUGCAGACGUUACUUGACCCCUUGGACACGCCUGUGUUGCUGGACCGGGCUGAGGCUCUAUUGAUGCACAAGUUGGUGUCGAAGGCGAAGCUACUAGGGAUGACUCCAGACCAAUCCCAAGCCCUCGUUCGGGAGUUGCCAAAUGCUAUUGCAAAGUGGAAGUCGGAGUUGACCAAGAGCUCCACGUAG